UUACCACAAAUGUUCUGACCUUGUAAAACUCUGAAACAUGAAUUACAGUAACAACACCAAUCACAUGAUGCCAGCACUUCAGUGAGUCCUCUUUGCAGCUCUACACCGCCACCUUGUGUUCACUGAGUACACUCACCAUCACUCCAGCACUGGUGAUUAUUUUGGAGAGUCCUAGAUUUCACAGUCAAAGUAGGUCUACUCCUCACUGCCCAGUAGGCUGUAUUUGCUUGAUUCUUAAAGAGAACAGGAAAACGCUAGACAUAUGAACACCAAUUAUAAUUAAUUAACUAUGGUAGUUUCCAGCGACUCUGGAGAUGUUUUUCACCCCUGUUUCAAGUUUAAGCGUCAGGUUUUCAGCGUCCCUUUGAGAAAACGGUUCUUUAACUCCACUCACAGAUAAUGUAAACCCUCUGUGCGGGCUCAGACCCUCAAACAGGCGCUGCAGCUUCCUAUUGGCCGCCGAUGCGACAGGGGCGGGGUUAGGCACACGUGUUUUUAAAGUCUGUCUUUGCAACGACAAACAUCUUCUUCAGUAUUGCUGGAGAGGGUUAUGGCAGAAUUUGCAGUGCCAGGUGGGAAACUAAGUGAACACAACAAAAGAGCAGCAAGAAUCAAAAAGGACGCAGUGUGCAUAUCUGGCGCAUAUGGGACUUUUUACACCAAAGGCACGGCAGAUUUGCGCUGCAAGGACCAACAGCCCACUUCAUUGAUGAGGUCCAAAGCAGCCGUCAGAGAGGAGUGACCUGCCCUCACCAACGGUGCACAGCACGCCUGCAGAAGCAUAGGCCCGAUCGCCGCUGUUCCCUGCAGGAUCUAUUCCUGUUGUCACCAUUUUCUGCUUGAGUUUGUCCCCAGGAUCAUUUAAAACUGUUUCUCCAACGCUUCUACCAAAAACUUAGACUGUUUUCCAAAGCAGAAUCGGCCCAGCCCUCCCAGGUGGAAGUAAUGGGGAGUGUGCGAAGCCACCGUUACAGCAUUGUGUCCUCUGAGGAAGACGGCAUGAAGCUGGCCACUAUUGCCGUCCCGAAUGGCUACGGAAAUGGCAAUGUGAACAAGGUGCACACAGAGCACCAACAGCAGAGCCGCUUUGUCAGUAAGGAUGGCCACUGCAAUGUGCAGUUUAUCAAUAUGAGUGAGAAAGGCCAGCGGUACCUGGCAGAUAUCUUCACCACCUGUGUGGACAUCCGCUGGCGCUGGAUGCUGCUCAUAUUCUGCCUCUCUUUCCUGCUGUCAUGGUUGUUUUUCGGCUUGGUCUUUUGGGUAGUGGCCCUCUGUUACGGGGACUUAGAGAAUGAGACUCAGAUGUGUGUUUCCAAUGUGGACAGCUUCACCGCUGCCUUCUUGUUCUCAGUGGAGACCCAAACCACUAUUGGCUAUGGUUAUCGUUAUGUGACAGAGGAGUGCCCCGUUGCUGUCUUCAUGGUCGUCUUCCAGAGCAUUGUGGGCUGCAUCAUCGAUGCUUUCAUCAUCGGUGCUGUCAUGGCCAAGAUGGCCAAGCCCAAAAAGAGGAAUGAGACCCUGGUGUUCAGCCAUUAUGCUACAGUGGCCAUGAGGGAUGGUAAACAUUGCCUAAUGUGGCGUGUGGGGAACCUGAGGAAGAGUCACCUGGUGGAGGCCCACGUCAGGGCCCAGCUGCUCAAGUCCCGCACCACCGCCGAGGGUGAGUUCAUCCCUCUGGAUCAGGUAGACAUUGACGUAGGAUUCGAUAGUGGCAUUGACAGAAUCUUCCUGGUGUCUCCAAUCACCAUUGUGCAUGAGAUUGACGAGGACAGCCCAUUCUAUGAGAUGAGCAAACAGGAGUUAGAGACGUCCGAAUUUGAAAUCGUGGUGAUUCUGGAGGGCAUGGUCGAGGCUACAGCCAUGACCACUCAGUGUCGGAGCUCCUACGUGGCCAGCGAGAUCCUCUGGGGCCACCGCUUCGAGCCUGUGCUCUUUGAGGAAAAGAACUACUACAAAGUGGACUACUCUCGCUUUGACAACACAUACGAGGUGCCUAGCACGCCAACCUGCAGUGCCAGGGAAUUAGCCGAGAAGAAGUCCAACGCAUCCAGCUCGAGGAACUCCUUUUGUUACGAGAACGAGGUGGCUCUCGAAAAAGUCGAGAUGGAGGAGGAGUUUGAGGAAGAGGAAAACAGGGAGAUGAGGGAUGUUGAGGUUGGUGCACUUGAGGACAUAAACACGGAUGUGGUGUCAGACUCUGAAUGCAAUCUGGACUCUUUGCCUUUAGAAUCAAGGCCUUUGACAGCAGAAUCAGAAAUAUGACCACAGAGUUAAAGAAAGGUUAAAAAGCACAGGAUAUGUUAAAACUAGCUUGAAUUUGGUCCUGAUUGCUGUUCCUAUAAUGCAAGACAGUUUGUAAAAGACUGUGAUUUGAGUAUAAAGUUCUCUAUGCAGAAGCUCACGCACAGGACACCAUGGAAAUUAUUACUUUGUUGUUACUUGUAUUCACUUAUGGUGAAAGUGAUGAUAAAUUCAUGGGUUGCAUUGAGCUAGAGGGAUAAAAUGGCUUAGAUGCCUUUACUUAAACACUGUGCAGUCUCUCCUCCUUAAAAUAUUUUGGUUAAGAAGCAUAAGUUUUCUAGAAAAAAGCAGUUUCUCAUUUAUUAGUGCAAAUUCCAAAUUUGGACAUUUUGCAUUUAGCAUCUUGAGUCUAAUAUGUGUUUUUUGUGGCCUGAAUUUGAUAUAAGAUUGUGACAAAAAAGAUUUGAACCUGAAACUUUGAGAUUUGUUUAAAUUUAUAUAUUCUUAUAUAAUAGAUAUAAUAUGUAAUUUUAAGUUUGAGAAUCUUGUUUUAAAUGCUAAAAACUAUUUUAAAUCCAUUAAUCCACCUGCACAGAGGCUACUGUUUGUUAAUGAGCUGGUCUCUUAGCAAAGAAUAUUUACAAUCUUCUUCAUUGUUGUGGGCUCGGUGUUGCUCUGCGUGAGGCAGGAAAGAGAUGUCUUACAGAGAUUGCGAGCACUACACUAUGCUCCUCAACCUAUCAUCUUGUCUAAGUAUAGCAUCUUCUGCAGUGUGCGCCUUGACAAAAGUCUCAGUCUUGGUGGAGGUUUGACUGCGACUGAGCACACACUGCAAUAGAUGUUACAGGAAAAAGAAGCAUUCAGAGGUGAUUCACUGUGCAGUAUACUGCCACUCCCUUGCAGGUCUUCAUGUUCUAAUGUGCAAUACAGGUCAGUGGUAGAAGGUGACAGGAAGCUCAACCCUGAGCCGAGGUUAUGAAUGUUGAUGAUAAGUGCUGCUAAGUUACAUAUUGUAUGUUUAGAGAGAAAUCUAGGAGCCAAAAUGUAUUAUUUGUCUUUUAAAGUAUCCAUUUUGAAGAUUGCAGAUGCAGCCUAUAAUGUCAUUUCUAGAUGUAGACAAGCAUGAUUCUGUCAGUGUGUUUUCCAAAGCUUUAGUGCACUUUUUCCCCCCAUAACAUCAGAAACUGUUUUAUUACCCAAAGCCAAAUGUGUACAUAUAUAAGAGACAACCGUAACUCAUCUGUUAGUUGAUGUUGAUUUUAAACCUGAACUUUUCCUCAUCUAACAGCGGUUGGCUGUUGAAACAUUGAAUUAUUUGAGUUGCUUUUGACAUAGGCAUUAUAUUAACAUCAGUGUUCUUGGCAUGGCAGACUUGCAGAAUCUGGACAAAUCCCUGUUCACCCUCACACGUCACCACCACGGGUCUUGUGAAGUUAUUUGUCAUUUCUGAAUGCGCCCUUGCUUUGUCUUUAUAAAGAUCAGGUCUGCUGAUACAUUUCAGUUACAAUCAAAAAUCCUGAACGGAUAUAGCACACUUGACUCCAGUCUUACACAAGAUUGAGCUUUAAUGGGUUUUUUUUAACUACUACUUUAGGUGUAGAAACAUUAAUGCUUGCAUAAAUAACAUCAGUGGAAGCCUGAACACUGUACUGCUUCUCUGGUAAGGAAAUCUAUUAAAACAUUUGAUCGGUUCUCAUAUUGACACUUCUUCUGUCUUAGGUCUUUAUUUUUCUACCAGAGUCUUCCCACCUUCCUGCACAAACCAGAGACUGUACAGAUUUUUUUUAUUUUUUGUAAAUUAUAAGGCAAAUACUGUAUAUUGAUAUUGCAGUUGUUGAAAACUGUUUAUGUCCUUUUUUUUGAAUAAAAGCUUAAA